AUGGGAUUUUGGUCAUUGUUGGAGGUGGCUUCUAUGCCAGUGAUUCAAGUUCUCAUCAUAAGUCUUAUUGGAGCUUUCUUGGCUACUGACCGAUGCAAGCUCUUCCCUGUCGAAUCCCGCAAUUCCAUGAACAAGGUUGUGUAUGUAUUAUUUGCACCAGCUCUCAUGUUUGCAAAUCUAGCUCAGACGGUCACGCUUCAGGACAUCAUCUCAUGGUGGUUCAUGCCGGUUAAUAUGGGACUUACAUUCCUAAUCGGAGGAAUUCUUGGGUGGAUUGUUGUUAAGAUUGUGAAACCACCUCCUUAUCUUGAAGGUCUUAUCGUUGCAACUUGUUCUUCAGGGAAUAUGGGGAACCUACCAAUUGUACUUGUCCCAGCAAUAUGUGACGAGGACAAGAGUCCUUUUGGUAACCGGAGUGUAUGCAGAACCAUCGGCCUCUCUUACGCGUCUUUCUCCAUGGCGCUAGGAGGUUUCUACAUAUGGACUUACACAUUCCGGUUGAUAAAAGGGUCGGCAAUGAAACUCAAAGCCAUGGAAGACUCUGAGAGUUUAGUAAUUACAUCAUCCAAUAGUGACUUAGAGGCUGAUCACAAGACCCAACUCCUCGGUGUACCUGAUGACAAGAAAAAAAUAGUGGUCAAGGAAGAGACAGGGUUUUGGAGAAAAGGAGUAGACUUCCUCCAUGAGAUACUGGAGGAGCUUCUUGCACCACCUACAGUUGGUGCAAUUAUCGGUUUCAUAUUCGGUGCAGUUAAAUGGCUUAGAAAUCUGAUCAUAGGAGAAGAUGCUCCUUUACGAAUAAUCCAAGGCACUGCAAAACUUCUUGGAGAUGGAACCAUUCCUUGUAUGACGAUUAUACUAGGGGGCAACCUCAUACAAGGUUUACGUUCUUCGGCAGUCAAACCUGUGGUUGUACUUGGAAUAGUAUGCGUUCGGUACAUAUUUCUCCCAAUUAUCGGCAUAGGCAUUGUCAAAACAGCUGCGAGUUUCGGAUUUCUUCCACCGGAUCCUUUGUUUCAGUAUGUUUUAAUGCUUCAGUUCACCCUCCCGCCUGCCAUGAAUAUCGCUGUACAAUGUCGGGCAAGACGAGUGCUCAGUGCUCAUGCUUUGGACAUACUUGGUCGCGAUACUGGCCCUUACUGUUUGGUCCACAAUCUUCCUUCACUUGUUAGUCUAGAAAACCUGCAAUUCUGUGCGAGCACAACAAGAUUCUACCUCUACAACUACAGUGACAAUGAGGAAAACAGAUUCAGAAGUCCUCUCUUCAAGGGCUCUUACCAUUCUUUUGAUCAUAACUGA